AAUACAAAUAAAGAGGCAGCUCAGAGUUUUAGUCGACAGACUUUUUAAUUUGGAGCCAAAAAGAAGAAAAAAGGCUGCGAUUUGGCUGAUUGGCCGUCGCCAUUUUGAUUUCAACGAUCAACUACCUUCAUUCUCAUGCUUACCCGCCAUCUGAAUUUCAAAUCCUUUCAUGUCAAAUCCAAUCAACGAUUCCCAAGCUUCAAAUUUUUCCGCUCUUUUCAACAUGACUACAACCUGUUUGAUCAAAGUCCUCCUCCAAAUGCAGCCUCUACCAACCGCGUUUUGCUCAAUUACUUGCACAGAGACGGAGCAUUUCAAUCCCUUCGUUUUUUCAAGAAGCAAAUUCGGUGGAGUCUUGAUGGGAGUACCGAUGAGUUCACUUUGGCCCUUGCUCUGAAGGCCUGUUGUGGGCUUCCUAAACUAGGUAGACAAAUUCAUGGAUUUGUUAUUUCUUCUGGGUUUGUUUCCCACAUUACAGUCUCUAACUCUUUAAUGAAUAUGUACUGUAAAUCUGGACAGCUUGAGAAGGCUUUUAGUGUCUUCGAGAAUUUACAUGACCCAGAUAUUGUUUCGUGGAAUACUAUUCUUUCCGGGUUCCAGAAGAGUGAGAACGCUUUGAGUUUUGCUGUUAGAAUGAAUUUAAAUGGUGUUAAGUUUGAUCCUGUGACUUAUACUACCGCACUUGCCUUCUGCUUAGAUGGAGAGGAUUUUCUUUUUGGUUGGCAACUGCAUACUCUUGCUCUGAAAUGUGGAUUGAAAGGUGAUGUGUUUGUUGGAAAUGCUUUGAUCACGAUGUACUCGAGAUGGGAACAUCUUGUGGAUGCUAGACAAGUGUUCGAUGAAAUGCAGAGCCGGGAUCGGGUGUCCUGGAGUGCGAUGGUUACUGGUUAUGCACAAGAGGGAGAUCAUGGGUUAGAAGCAAUUUUGCUGUUCAUUCAAAUGGUGAGAGAAGGAGUGAAGUUUGACAAUGUAGCAAUUACUGGAGCACUUUCUGUCUGUGGUCAUGAAAGAAACUUGGAGCUUGGAAAACAGAUCCAUUGUUUGACUGUGAAAACAGGAUAUGAAACUCAUACUUCUGUCGGUAAUGUUCUGAUCUCAACGUACUCCAAGUGUGAGAUCAUUGAAGAUGCAAAGGCAGUCUUCGAGUUAAUCAAUGACCGAAAUGUGAUCUCGUGGACGACUAUGAUCUCGUUGUAUGAAGAAGGUGCAGUUUCUUUGUUCAAUAAGAUGAGAUUAGAUGGAGUGUAUCCAAAUGACGUUACGUUUAUUGGAUUACUUCAUGCCAUUACAAUAAGGAAUAUGGUGGAACAGGGACUAAUGGUCCAUGGAUUAUGUAUCAAAGCUGACUUUGUAUCAGAGUUAGGUAUCGGCAAUAGUCUAAUAACCAUGUAUGCUAAAUUCGAGUCGAUGCAAGAUGCCUCAAGAGUGUUUAUGGAACUUCCAUAUAGAGAGAUAAUAUCAUGGAAUGCUUUAAUUUCUGGGUAUGCUCAAAAUACGUUAUGUCAAGAAGCUUUAGAGACAUUUCUUUGUGCAAUAAUGGAAUCUAAACCAAACGAAUACACCUUUGGAAGUGUUCUGAAUGCAAUCAGUGCUGGUGAAGGUAUAUCUAUAAAGCAUGGCCAACGAUGUCAUUCUCAUUUGAUCAAAGUUGGAUUAAACUUCGACCCUAUAAUUUCAGGUGCCCUCCUAGACAUGUAUGCAAAGCGUGGGAGCAUUCAAGAGUCCCAAAGAGUUUUCAAUGAAACAUCCAAAAGAAGUCAAUUCGCUUGGACGGCGCUGAUCUCUGGCUAUGCACAACACGGAGACUACGAUUCAGUGAUGAAGCUAUUUGAAGAGAUGGAGAAGGAAAAGAUAAAGCCUGAUGCAGUUAUCUUCUUAUCUGUCCUAGUGGCAUGUAGCAGGAACAGGAUGGUCGACAUGGGUCGUAGAUUUUUUGAUAUGAUGAUCAAAGAUCAUAUGAUUGAGCCAGCAGGAGAGCACUACUCUUGUAUGGUUGAUUUGUUGGGCCGUGCAGGGCGAUUGGAAGAGGCGGAGGAAAUGCUAGCGCGCAUACCGGGAGAGCCGGGGAUAUCUGCAUUACAAAGCUUGCUUGGAGCAUGUCGGAUACACGGGAAUGUGGAGAUGGCAGAGAGAAUGGCCAAUGCUUUGAUGAAGAAGAAGCCAUUGGAAUCAGGAUCAUAUGUGUUGAUGUCAAAUCUGUAUGCUCAGAAGGGAGAUUGGGAAAAAGUUGCUGAAAUGAGGAAGGGAAUGAGAGAAAGAGGAGUGAAGAAAGAGAUUGGAUUCAGUUGGGUAGAUGUUGGUAACUUUGGUGCUUCUAAUUUAUACUUACAUGGCUUUUCAUCAGGGGAUGUUUCUCAUCCACAAUCAGAGGAGAUAUGUAGAAUGGCAGAAUAUAUGGGAGCAGAAAUGAAGUUUCAAAAAGAUAGAGAGAGAGAGAGGCAGACCCAUGUGAUUGAUCAAUUAAUUGUAUCAGAUUUAGUUUUACUUGAUGGAUGAUAAAAUA